AUAACACAAGUCAUUACAUAAGGAGGCUGAUUGUGGCCUGAGGAACACAAGGAAAACAAAUAUGCAAGAAUGCAAAACCCAGAACAAGCAAAUUCUGUUUUGAUGGCCCCAAGACGCCUGAAAAAGAGAUGAAUUGUGUUCCAGCAAGGUGAAGAUAACCUUGAGGAAGGCUGAGGAUUUGGAGGGGAAACCGCUGCCCGGCAUAACCACCACCAACCUGUGUGUGAUCUGUUCAUCCCCAUCGCACGGUUUGCAUCAAAGAGAACAACAAACAAACAAGCAAAAAGUUGCUGGCGGGUCACUGUCUGUUAUUUUCCCAGAGGCUCCUAAACGCGGCCCGAGUUGGACUGACCCAACUGCGCGCUGAAAUAAAACCGCGGCAGAACCUGGAGCGCGACCUUUUGCUUGGACCUUAGAUCUCAGGUUUGAUAGACGGGAUGAAGUUGUACGGGGGGGAUAAUUUCGCUUCUGCCACAAAAACAAGCACGUCUUCUGUGUCUGCAUCACUCAGGGAGCCGAGAUCCUUGGUGGAGGUGGGAAUUGCUCCCAGUUCUGUUGCAAACACCCUCAAAGAAGAGUCGGGCACCCCCAGCCGCCUUCGGGUGCCCCUUCGGGCAUCCUCCCCGGGAUGGGCGCAGGACCCGGGCCAGGCCGGGGCACACGGCUGGGGGACCCCCCUGGAGGGGCCGUGGUUUGGGGAAGGAGGGAGGUGCCGUGGGAAGCGCGGGGGCGCGGCGGAGUUCGGGGCUCCCGGGUCCCCCCCGCACCGCCCGGCCGGCCCGUGGUCCCUCCGGGAUGCGAGGAAGACGGGGCCGACCCCGGGCGGGAGGAAGGGCGGGGUGAGGAUGGCGUGUGGGAUUCAAAAUGCGGCCAAGCGCCGCUGCCGCCGGGGUUUCGCUGGGGAAAAGCGUGCGGCGGCGAGGCGGGAGAAGCCCCGCAAGGGCAGGUCCGCAGAGCUGUCGCUGCUGCUGCUGUCGCUCGCAAUGAGCCGCUCCCGGAGCAGCGCCUCCCCACGUAGAAAGAUAAAAAAGUAAAACGGGGAGGGCUCGGGAGCCCGCGGCAGCCCCGGCCCGGGGGAGCGCGGGUGUGCGCGGGGGGCGCCCCGCCGCCCCUUCGCCCCCCGCCGCACCGCAGCGAGCGGGGCCGAGCGCGAUGCGCCCCGGGCUGGGCUCUGCGGAAUAGCGCGGCCGCCGCUCGCCGUCCGCGGGCUGGGGGCGGACGGACCCGACCGCUGGCAAUUCCCUCUUGAUGUCCAUGAAUGCAAACACCAUGAUUUUCAUGAUCCUGGGCGCCUCUAUCGUUAUGGCAAUAGCUUGCUUGAUGGACAUGAAUGCGUUGUUGGACAGAUUUCACAAUUACAUCUUACCGCAUCUGCGAGGGGAAGACCGAGUUUGUCACUGCAACUGUGGCAGGCAUCACGUCCAUUAUGUUAUUCCGUAUGACGGGGACCAGUCGGUGGUGGACUCCUCGGAGAAUUACUUUGUGACUGACAAUGUAACCAAGCAAGAGAUCGAUCUGAUGCUGGGACUUUUGCUGGGCUUUUGUAUAAGCUGGUUUCUGGUGUGGAUGGACGGGGUUCUCCACUACGCAGUGCGGGCCUGGAGAACCAGCCGGCGGUAUGACAAUUCCUGGUCGUGGAUUCCCAAAUUUUGUAACCUGAAGGAGUUCAGAAAACGUCACCACAGGCAGUACGAGGAGGCAACCGGGAACAUGGUGCACAUCAAACAGAAGCUGUACCAUAACGGGCACCCGAGCCCACGGCACCUCUGAGGAUCGUCCUCCCCGCCAGAGACUGCAGUGAGCGCUUCACACAAGGACUUUGCUCUUCUGCCCGGGAGCAGCUCCUGGUUGCUCCUCUGUGGAAGCCCCGAGGACACGGUUUUAUUUCCCCAUCCGGGUGUCCCUGUGGCACACCACCAUGCACAACUAAGCCAGUCCUGGAUGCUACGCAGCCAAGACAUUGCACUGUGUUCCACAUUUUAUUGUCAGACUUGUGUACAUAUGUAAAAAGCAGACAAACAAAAACAAACAAAAAAAAGAGAAAAGAGAUUUGCAUUAUAUUUCCGCCCCCGUUUCCCGGCAUUCGCGCUGUCCUGCUCACCCAGCCACCCUGUGGGGAAUGCUGGCCACGGGUAUGGAGGCGGGACAACAUGAAGAAGAUGCAGAAUUUCUCAUCCAAGAGCUUGAACCCCCCAUUUCUUUGGUCCCUUGGCUUGGUUUUGCUCCGCUCUGUUCCUCCUGUUUCUGGAAUGGCUUGGCCGGCCGCAGGUUUGGAUGGGGACUGUGGGCAGGGGGUUGGAAGCACAGCAGCCCCUCUGCUUUGGUUCGUGGGUUUUGGGAGUCGCUGUGGGGGAAGGAAGUCCUGGGAAUAUAUAAUGGAUUUGUUCUUUGCGUUGCUAUACACUGAAACCUGCCUUAAGCAAUCCAGGAAAUCUUUGUACCAGGGGAGCAGUACCACAAGGUAUGAGUUUGUUUAACAGGGCUGGGGCUGCCUGGUUUACACCACUUUUAUACUGACGGUACCCUGCUGGUGUCGGUGCUGUUAAUUCUUCUCUAAUGGAGAGGGGCUGCUUCUGAUGUGUGGAGAGAAGUGGAUUGAGUUGAAUGAUGUUAGAGCUGAUUUGUACCCUGAUCCUACCCCUCUGCUCAUAAACACCCCCUGCUCUUUGCUGGGGAGAAACGAGCUGCUCUCCCUGCUCUUCUUAGUGGGGGAGCCUGAGACCCCGGUUGAUACCACCCCAGAAACACUGACGAUGCAUCGAGCGGGUCCUGUUAAUGUUCUCACUCCUCCCGCACAAGAACAUCCACCUCUUUUCUAAUGUCACUGCUCUGACCUGAAACAGCACGUCACUGGGCUUGGCUUGAGGAACACGGCGAGACGUGGGCCUGACGCCAAACUCAUCCACAGAUCCAGCAUCCCAAGGAUGGGUUGAAUCAAAGUACGAGGAUGCUCUAACGUGGUUUUGCCUUUGCUUCCCCUGGUCGCAGCUUAGGUGUGGGGUUCGAGGCAGCUGUCAAGUGUCUGGAACCAACCUCCACAGGCAGAGACCUCCGGUACUUCCAGUAUUAUCUAGAGGAAUAUUGUUUGAUAAAGCACGGGGACAGCGGGGUGGUGUCUGGUUCCCGUAGCAUCGUGUUCUGCUGGGGGAGAGCAGCAAACGCGCCCGGAGCGCAUUGCUGUGCAGAUGUUGAGCAGCUGCAGUGCAGAGAUUCUUACUGAGCGGAAUAAGGGAAGGAGACGUUAGCCCCAAGAAUUUCAGUUGGUAGCCCUGAAUCCCCAUCAUUUCUCCUUCAUUCCUCAUUUGGUAUCGAGUGGGCUUGUGCUUAAGUGGGGGAAACAUCCAGAACAAGCAGAUGAUUAAUAUUAUCAGGAACUGCUGAUUUCUUCUAUGGGUUCCUUGACUCUGUCAAUGGCCUCCUAUGGUUUCAUUGCGAUGCCUGUGAAGGGAGAAGGACACCAUGAGUCCCUGCUCCAGCUUCUGUGUCCUUUUAAAUUUGUUUUCCUUGUUUCCUCUGCCCGGGAUCAGUUCAGUUCUGUACAAGCCCCAAAAGUGGCCAAGAGCCCAAUAUCCAAUUUUCUGCCAUUCCCACCUUUGCUAGUCCCUGGUGCCUCUUUGAGCCUCAGUUUCUGUCUGGACCUAAACAAUUGCCCGGUCUCUACUCACGUCUGUCUGCGCGACUGUCUGUCAUUCAGGACCCCCCGUGGUUGUGAUGUCUGCAGCCACCUGUUAGUACCUAAUGAGCAGAAGAGGCAGCUGGUUUCUGAGCGCCGCAAAGCGCCGGUGCCAGCGUCGCGUCUCCCCCGCAGCACCCGCCGCUCUCUGCGCGACACCGUGUCCCCGUCCCGUCCCCUCCCCGGUUCUGCUCAAGGUGGGAGCCGUCCCAACGCCGCCCGACGUCGUGCUGUCUCGUCCCAGCGCGGUCGCUCCUGUUGUCGCAGCUCGGGUCUCUGUCAAGUCCGCCCUUGCACCGUCGUCUUCUCCUGUGCGUGUGUUCGUUCUGCUUUCGUCUGGUUGUGGGGGUGUUUUCUCCUCGUUUAAUUGUCUGAGACGUGCUAGUGUUGACUUGUUUGUUGUUCUCUUGCCUCUGAUCCAGUCUUCACACACACAAAAAUAUAUAAAAGAAACCCCAAAAAACCCAACCCACAGAAAGAACAACAGCAAAACCCAAACCCAGCAACAGCCCCAAACACAGAAGGUUCAGGUGGGAGAAAGUGACUCUGGCAUCAGGGAGGGGACACGGCAAGGUCAGGGCUGGACGAGGUGCUGGUUAGAACCUGGGGAAGAGAACACGGGGCUGCAAAGCUUCCAGCUGCGUCUGUGGUGGCAGCUCCGUGGGGACAAAGGAGUGGGAAGUGUCACCAAGGCUGAGCGCGCACCCGCCAGAUGCUUUGAGGGAGGAUCCUGCGGAAUUCGAUAGUGGGAGGGAAUUUUGUGCCGCUUCAGGAGGGGCUAUUUUUAGAGCAGAGACAGAGCUUAAAUCUGGAUGUGCCAGUUCUCAGAGCUGGGAUUGACAUGGAAAUGUUCUCCCGCAGUUCUGGUGUGAGGAGCCCGCGUUUGGCCGCCCGCACAGCCCAUGGGUGUGUGCUGGUGGUUGGGAUCUGCGGCAAAGGAAAGGUGUGGGGAAAAGCAGAGGCUGGUGAAAUCCACCGCAUCAACCAGCAGCUCCUUCUUUAAAUCCAAGAAGCCACUUACAAGCAACUGCUGAAAGGAAGAUCCCAAAGCCAGAACCGUUUGAGAAGAUGUGUCCUGUGAUUCCAUCCAUCCAUCCAUCCAUCCAUCCAUCCAUCCAUCCAUCCAUCAUCCAACCAUCCAUCCAACCAUCCAUCCAUCGUGUCAUCUUACUGCUCAGCUACCCCUUGAGCCAGCCAGGAACACACCAACUGGCCCGUCUUUGCUGAAGUAUCUGGCAGCACCUGUCAAUAACCAGUAAAAGACCAGAACAGAGCCCAGAAUGCGCAUCUCAGGCGUCCACAGCACGGUGGGACGGUUUUAGUUACUCUCACUGCUACUUUCUACCUCAUUUUCCAGUUGCACUUCGCUGGGAGAAGAGAACCCCUGACAAAAAGGGAUGCUGAAAAGAGCCAUGAAGAUGAUGGAGGACUGGAGCAUCUCUGCUCUGAGGAAAGGCUGAGGGAGCUGGGGCUGGUCAGUCUAGAGAACAGAAAGCUCAGGGGGAUCAAUGUGUAUAAAUACCUGAAGGAAAGGUGCAAGGAGGACGGAGCCAGGCUCUUUCCAGCGGUGUCCGGAGACGAUGGGCACAAACUGAAACACAGGAGACUAUUUGAACAUCAGCAAACAUUUUUCUACUGUGUGGGUGACCAAGCACGGGGACAGGUUGUCAGAGAAGUUGUGGAGUCUCCAUCCUUGGAGACAGAAACAGCCGAGAGAAGCUCCCAGAGUACCUCUGGGUGUAAUUCUACUACUAGAGCAUCGGGUACAAACAGAAGGACAUUGGGAUCGAACGCUUUGCAAUGCUGGUGACGCAGGUGUACAAUCCAGUGUCAGGAGAGGCAGGUGGGGACAGACAGGGCAUGAUCGGUGAGGUAGGGACCACUGGUUCUACCUUAGGAUGGAGGUGAGAAUUCCCCGUCACUGUGGUGCCCAGGAGAGUACGAAGAAGCAAAUGAACUUACUGAAGAAGGAAAAAAAGAAAGAAAACUAAAAAGCCAGACCUGCAGCCUCCAUGUGUGUGGCUGUUGGGGCACAGGAGGAAGCAGAGGAGCAGGAAGGUGCGGGCAGGUGGAAGAAGCUCUAGAGCGAGUCCAGGCUCUCAGGACACCCUUCCAGUUGUGUGUGUGUCAGCAGGCGUCUGAGUGUUUAUAUCCAUGUGUGCCCACCACGUGUUCGCCGCACAAAGCCUGUUGCCCUUCUCCAGUACCUGUUCCCCUUCUCCAGCACCUCCCGUCCAUUCGCACUCAUUCCUUUUCCAGGUCCCUCUGCACCCUGGGAUGUCCACGAAGGGGUGACACCAGUGACACUGGAAACCCUUGCAGGACAGAGCACACGGGUUAGGAAGAUUAAUGAGAACACAGGAACAAAACUUGGGAUUGCUCUUUUCCCUGAUUGCUAACCCUUUUUGUUUCUGCACUCAAACCGAUUUUGCAUGCGUCAGGCAGGAAGAGGUACAACACGAUGAUACUAACAGAGAGAGAUUAUACUCCGCUCCGAGUCUAAUCAUAGAAUAUUCUCUUCUACUGUGGUUGAAAAGCAAUAAUGGCUAAUUUUUUUAUUAAAUGCACUCGCACAAGCAAAUGUCACCUCCAGUUUGCUGGGAGUCGUGACAACGCUGUGCUGAAGCUACGGGGAGCAGCCGAAGGCCAAGAGCGCUUGGGGGUAUGGGAGGCAAUAGAAAAAGCACACUGUGAUUUUAUUUGGGUCAACGAGUGAGUGUAUUUCAGCCAUUCCUUCCCUUUCAAUAAAAUGUUUGUAUAAUAGGUAACCGGUUCAGCUCCCGAAACUAAGCCCGUCCUUUGCUGUUUGUCAGUAAAAUAGUUUUUUGCA